GUAACAAUCCUAUAGAUUUCUUCAUCAUUUUUCCACUGAUGGUAUCUUGGGAAGAAAUAGUUGCUGAAACUAAUGAUUAUGCUCAUAAAAAGGACUCAUAUAGGAAACAAGUUGUCAUAGACGGUGAAACUUGCCUUUUAGACAUUUUAGACACAGCAGGUCAAGAAGAGUAUAGUGCUAUGAGAGACCAGUAUAUGAGGACUGGUGAAGGUUUCCUUCUUGUGUUUGCUGUUAAUAAUGCCAAAUCUUUUGAAGACAUAAGUAUGUACAGAGAACAGAUAAAGCGAGUGAAAGAUGCUGAUGAUGUUCCUAUGGUUUUGGUUGGCAAUAAGUGUGACCUUCCAAUGAGAAUGGUAGAUAUGAUAGGUGCUGCAGAAGUUGCCAAAAACUAUGGCAUUCCCUUCAUAGAAACAUCUGCUAAAACAAGGAUGGGUGUUGAUGAUGCAUUUUAUACUUUAGUUCGAGAAAUUCGCAAAGAUCGUGAACGCAAAGGGAAGGAUAAGAAGAAGCACAAGCGUAAAGAUAGGAAGAGACGAUGUGUUAUAUUGUAAUAAGUUUGCAGUAUUAAUUUUGAAAGUAACAGGUAAUAGCUACUUUUGCAGCUUGUUGGGGUCUCAGUUAUUUUUGAAGAUGCCCAUUUGGAGCCAACAAUACAUUGGACUCAUUUCUAACAAAGUAAUUUCUAUGACAAAGUUUUGGAACUUACUCCAACUGCAGUUUAUUACAGAAAAAAGAAACAAAAAAAUAAUGCACAGUGUUAAAAGAAGCACACUGAAGUGACUAUUACUAAUAAUGUAUUAUAGCCCCAAAAACUGACUUUUCUGGGCAGAAUGAAGUGCCGAGUGUACUUCUUGCAAGCUGUGAUUCCAUUAUUAGAAUUUCUUUUAGGACUGUUUUAUUUUUUUAUUUGUUACAUUUCGUUCUAUAGUAACUGUUACUUACUAUGCACAAUUGUUUGAAACUGUGCAUCAGUGAAGAAGUGAAAACUGCCAUCAAACUUGAUAUUCACUGCACAGCGUGUUUUGUACUUUUAUGUGCUAUGCCUGAUUGUUUAUCUUCCAUUUUAUUAUUUGUAUUAUAAUGUCAGUGUGCAGGGGUGAUUUUCCAUCUUAAUUCAGAGUUACAGCAUAUCAUCAUCUACAUAAUUAAAUGCUUUAAAUUUCAACAUCAUUAAAUUUUUUAUUGAUAUAUGUUUUUAAUUUUCUGGAACUUCUGUGUCAGUGCUGUAUAAAGUUAGAGAAUAAUUUAUAAGCAUGCUUUUUUAAAGCAUGUGUUUUCCAAUUUGUAUGUUUUUAUUCAGAUUUUUCAUAUAUAACUGUCAUGAGUUAUAUAAUUCUUUAUAAAAAUUUUUGUUCUAUAAGCAGAUGAAAUGCUUGAAAUUCAUAUAAUCUUGAAUUAUUGUAAGGUUAAUAAAACCCAUGAAAAGUGCCAUGUGAGAUUUGUUUCAUGCAGAAUGAAAAAAAUCCCAUUAUACCUGUGAGGUCUAAUCACCCCUGGUAUAUCUGUUAUUUCGUUUUCCUGUAUGUAUUCGUGUUAUAUAUGUGACUCCAUCGAUGAUCAUCUGCUGUUACAAUUAUUCUGGCAUUACAUUUAACAUCAUAUGCUGUAUGUGCUUUUAUGACAUUUUUAAUGUAUUCUAUCAUAGUUGUGUUAUGCAAUAAGUUUAACUAGUUAGGUCAGUAAUUGUUUUUAUAGCUUUUGUAGAAAUAGUAUUAUACUAAAAUAUAAAAAUUAUACUUUUGGAUAUAGGUUUCUGAAGGUGCUAAACUUGAUUUUUUAAACAGAUAUUGAUUGUUAAUAAUCUAAAUUAUGAGUCUGUCUUUUGCUUUGAACUGUCAGUUUGAAUAUUGGUUUUAAAUUGUAAUGGCUAAAUGUUUCUAUUAAGUAGUUUCAUUGUGUUUACUUUUAUUUGAUUAAAGGUUAUAGGAUUCAACAUGUAUUAUUAUUAUUUGUUCCUUUAUUUUGUGCAGUUUUAUCAUGGAUGCAUUAUUAUCAAACAAAUUAUUUUCAUUUAAAAAAUUAAUUUGAUUGAACAUAUCAUUUAGCUGUGUAGUCUUUUAAUAUAUUAGUAUUUAUAAAUUAUUGAUUUAUACCAAUUUGAUAUUUGCCUUGAGUUUGUUGCAUGUAUAUAUUUUAAUCAAGCACUGACAAUCUUUUUAAAUAAAUUAUGUAGCAAUAAUUUUUCUUUUCAAAUCCAGUUUUUGUCUUUUAAUUAGUAUCUGCAUGCACCUCUGUGUUGCGUCGCAAGCAUUUUUAUGUGAUUGAAAAUGGGAUAAAUUGUAUUUUUAAUUUUUAAGUUUAAUAUCUUUGCAUCAUUCCUAAUUUGAUUCCCUGGGAAUGUGUAAAUAAUUUUUACAAAUGCUGAGUUGUGUGAAUUUCUGAAUUUUAUUUUAGUAUUAAAAAAAUUUCUUCACUA